AUUCACUUCAUUUCUGCUCAGCAAACAACCCAACACAUCUUAAAUCAAGUAUGGUUUCCACAUACAAAUUGCCCGAGGGCUUCCUAGAAGGCCCAGCACCCAACCUGACCAGGUCCGAUGUCGACUUUGCAAAGGGCGGCCUGCCAAACGCCUGGGCAGUAGUGCUAGAUGGCGUCCUGACCGAACAAGAAUGUGAUGAACUAGUAGCAGCUGCCGAAGCAACUACGAACGGUGAAUGGGAACGAGCGAUGGUCAAUAUUGGUGGUGGCUUCCAAGCCUUGUACGAGGACACAAGAAAAUGCGGCCGCAUCAUAUGGGAUGACCGCGAGACCAUGGCGAAGUUGUGGGCGAGGAUAGAAGGAUCAGUACCGGAAAUCCACCGCCUGCAGAACUGGGCAAGUGUCACAGGGAACGGCCCUGUGAAGUGGGAAGAAACGUGGAAGAUGACCAGGUUGAACGAACGCCAACGGUUUCUUAAAUAUGUUGGCGGCGAGUAUUUCAAAGCGCAUUGCGAUGGCGCAUAUGAGACGCCCGAUUGCACCGAGCGCUCGUACUUUACACUACACCUGUACCUCAAUGACGCGGAGGGUAAAGAAGGCCAGCAGCCGCUGAAAGGCGGAGCUACCACAUUUUUCAACCCUAGUAUGACAAAGCGCAUAGAUGUUGUUCCUAAGAGUGGCCGUGUCCUACUCUUUCAGCAUCGAGGUCUCUUGCACUCUGGCGAUGAUGUUAUAAGCGGGAUGAAGUUGACCAUGAGGACAGACAUCAUGUAUACAUUAGAAGGCGAGUCAGGGAGGUAGAUGUAUUGCGGACGUGAGGCCGAAAACAAGAGGCAAAGGUUGGGCGUUUGGUGCUCGGUCAUAGUUGCUCGCGUUGAAUUUGAAAUUAGUAGUAUCCUUCGAACCUGGGCUGGGAGUUGAAAAGAUAGUAAACUUACAGUGGAAAAAUGAGAGUGAACGGCCUGCCUCGCCAGAGUAAUCAGAAUCGAAU